CCAUGCAGUCCAGCACGGACUCUGAGCCUCUGUACGUGGUGGAGGUUCUGGUUCACUGCAGUAAGGACAGCGUGAAGGAUGCUGCCACUGAGGCAGCUAAACCUGCAGCUCCAGGAGAGACCGGGGAGAUGCAGGUGGUCCCAGUGAUGCUGCAUCUCCUGACCUCCAUCAGCUCCGUCCGUCUCUACAUCCCCAAAGAUCUGAGGCCCUUUGACAACCGGCAGCUGAUGCUCAAGUCCAUCCAGGAGGUACAGAAGCGUUUCCCGGACGGCGUUCCUCUGCUGGAUCCCGUGGACGACAUGGGCAUCAAAGAUCCGGCGCUGAAGAAGGUGAUCCAGAAGGUCGAGGCCUUCGAGCACCGCAUGUACUCCCACCCUCUGCACAGCGACCCCAACCUGGAGGCCGUGUACUCGCUCUGUGAGAAGAAAGCUGUGGUGAGAAAACUGACCUUAAAGGGGCCCUUUUACACCUCCAUUGAACUCCUUUGUUUAGUUCCAGAACAUAGUGACAUCACUGUCAUACUGUGCUCCUAUUGGCUAGCACUCCAAAACACAUUGAUGUGAUCUCUAAGAGGCUGA